ACAACACCAGCUGGGUGGAUAUUUGGAGUACUCCACCUGUUCCAUGAUCACUUGUCCUUGAAAAGUAAACACAGUUGAGAAUUUUCUAUCCAUUCCCUUCAUUUUGUUGGAGGUCCUGCCAGGGAGCUAGCCUAUCGUCGCUACCACUACCAGCAGUCGCAAUGGCCUCCCUGCUGCAAGCGCUAGCGCAUGGCACGCGAUGGGUCUGGCUUGCAAUGCUGGUCUGCGUGUCUGUGUGCCCCUGGCCGAGCAGGUGUGAGGAAUGUGUGCGCUAUGACGACCAGUACCAGCAAGGUGCGUGCAAGUGCAGGCUGAGCAGCGACCCGAAGCUGGGCCUGGACCUCACUCCUCUCAGGAAUAUGUUCUCCACGCCGAAGGAAGGGUUGGAGGACAACGUCUAUGUCUGGGGUCCAUGCGGCGAUGUUCUAAACUUUGGCGGCGACUGUACAGCGCAGGCCAGGGCAGCUGCCUGCCAGGGUCCAACGUUCGGUAAGCCGCCAACGUGGAACUCUCUUGGCAUAGAGUCGUCGGCAGUGUUCACGGUAAACCUAACCGGCACGGAUCUGGUGACAACGAUCACCUACUCGAACGGCACUGAAGGACGCACGAGUGAGUUCAAGUUGAUCUGCAACGAGGACUCCAACGGCACAUUCGACUUUGUGGGAGAACACCCUACAAAACACUACAACUUCAUCGUGACCAGCCGUGACGUGUGCUUGGUUGCCGUGCCGACCACUGGUGGUAAUGGUGGCGGUGGACUAUCUGCUGGUAGCAUUAUCCUCAUUUUGGUAAUCUCAUUGGCCGUGGUGUAUCUAGUCGCUGGAGGGCUGUAUCAGAAGCUGGCGCGGGGAGCAACGGGCUGGGAGAUAGUGCCCAAUCGUGACAUGUGGAUGACCGUGCCGGAGUUAGUAACGGAUGGCAUGGCCUUCAUCCUGUCUCCGUGUCGUGCACCAUUCAAGGGACGUGGUAAGAUGAGCUACGAAAACCUUUAGAUUCGUCUCACCUCCUAGAUAGUAAGUAUGCAAUAGCCUGGCGCUCAUGGCUGACCUCAUCCAGACUGUGCCAACCCGAUCCAGACUGUGCCAUCCUGAUCCAGACUGUGCCAUCCUGAUCCAGACUGUGCCAUCCUGACUGAGAGUGCUAUCCUCAUGGGGCUGGAUCCGAGCAUCCGCUACAGCAAUGCAUGCUCAAUGCAGACAAGUGACACAGCUGACUUGCUGCCGGGCUCAUUUCGUUCUGUUUGGGACAUCGGAUACCCCACUGUGACAUUCGACGUUACAUGGUGAUUAUGCAAAGUUUGCCAUUAAUGCUGCAUGUCAGUUCCUCAAACGGUUUUGUCUAAUGCAUUCCUAGUGAACCUGGUCUCCACUGUUGUAGCUGGCAUGACGCCAAACAGACAGGCACACACACACACACACACACACACACACACACACACACACACACCAUUGGACCAUUGGAUGCCCAUCGCCGGAGGCGAUGAUAGCGAUGCUACAGCAGAAGCCAUAGCAGCUUGUGCUUGGAUUGCACCAUUCAACAGCUUGCAAGGCUGAAGAAUUGACCGCCACUAUUCAGCCUGGUGCACACACACACACACACACACACACACACACACACACACACACACACACACACACACACACACACACACACACACAAACACACACACAGCGUACUGAAGAUGAUUCUCCGUAGGCAUGCACUCCAGCAUGGUGCAUGGCCGUGUGCUGCAUGAUGAACUUGAGAACAUUAUUUGUAAAGUCGCGAGCCAAUCAUAACAAACUCCUUGUCCGUUCUGAUGUCCAGCGUACGUAACUUUACUGUUUUCUUUUCAUAUCGUAUCUGGAAUAGAAAUGGUUGAGUAGAUAGAUAUUCAAACUUACUAUAAUCCCAAGAUGCAUUCUUGCGUGCUUGCUAUUGUCAAUGCAAGAGCAUUCUCUUCCUGAUAGUAGUACCUUAUGCACUCUCACUGCAGACUGCUUGGCGCUGGAUUUGCCAUCUAGGCACGCUAUUAUAACGAUUACAUGUAUUACAUGUCAGAAAUCUUGGAAAGAUGA